GGAAUAUUCAUGUCGUCGCACCGUCCGUCACUACAAGAGGUACCGGUUUUUGAUUUAGAUGCAAGAGAGUGAGGAUGAAGCCAUCUUGAGGUCCAGGAGUGUAUGAACAGCUGAUUCUCAAACAUGCUGUCAAGACUUGUUGCUGCUGCCUGCCACUCUCUAAAGUGGGCUUUGCCUCACUGGAAAGCCACUCUUCAUAGAACAUAUUUCCCAUCAGAGCCAUGGCAAUGGCUACUGGGAUCUGUGGUUCACAGAAGGGCUCACAGAUGGACUGCAGCCCAAUCAUCAAGGAUAAACCAGAAGCCAGUGUUUGUCAGAGCUCCAGCAUUUGGAGAUAAGCUUGCUAUCAUAGACAGCAGUGGCAGCCACAGCUACAAGCAGCUGUAUUGCAGCAGCUUAGGUCUUGCAGGUAGAAUCAGUACCGCUCUCAACUUGGACUUCGGGGGUCUGGAAGGAAAACGAAUCUCCUUCCUGUGUGCUAAUGAUGCUUCCUAUACGGUGGCACAGUGGGCAGCUUGGAUGAGCGGUGGGACGGCAGUGCCACUCUUCCGAAAACACCCACAAUCGGAAUUAGAGUACAUAAUCUCUGACUCCCAGAGUUCGCUGCUUGUGGCGGGGCAUCCCUAUGCCGGGACACUCGAGCCACUGGCACUGAAGCUGGGCCUGCCCUGCCUGACACUGCCUCCUACAUCUAACCUGGGCACUUUAGAUGGGACAGACACCCAAGAGAAGGAGGCAGCCAUCACAGACUGGGCCGAUCGACCAGCUAUGAUCAUCUACACGAGUGGCACCACAGGGAGACCCAAGGGAGUUCUACAUAUGCACAGCAACAUCCAAGCCAUGGUCCAGAGUCUGGUUUCAGAGUGGGCGUGGACCAGAGAUGAUGUCAUCCUCCACACCUUGCCGCUACACCACGUGCAUGGCAUCGUUAACAAGCUGCUGUGCCCACUCUGGGUGGGCGCCACCUGCGUCAUGCUGCCUGAGUUCCAGCCUCAGAAGGUGUGGGAGAUGCUGUUGAGCUCCAAGGCUCCCAUGGUUAAUGUGUUCAUGGCUGUGCCAACUAUCUACUCUAAGCUGAUCCAGUACUAUGAUCAGCACUUCACACAGCCUCAUGUCAAGGACUUUGUCAGAGCGGUCUGCAAAGAAAGGAUCAGGUUAAUGGUUUCGGGCUCGGCUGCUCUCCCUCUUCCCACUCUGCAGCGCUGGGAGGAGAUCACAGGACACACACUGCUGGAACGCUACGGCAUGACCGAGAUCGGCAUGGCACUGUCCAACCCUCUCAAGGGCCCACGCAUCCCAGGGGCUGUGGGGUCACCACUUCCCCGUGUGGAAGUUCGGAUUGUCAUGAGUAACACAACCAACACCACAAUUGUGCUGGGCGAUCACAGAAACACUCGGGUAUGUCCAGGUCUGGAGGGGAAAGAGGGCGAGCUCCUGGUUCGAGGUCCGUCUGUCUUUAAGGAGUACUGGAACAAACCUCAGGAGACCAGAGAGUCUUUCAUUGAUGGUGGCUGGUUCAAAACAGGAGACACUGCGGUCUAUAAAGAUGGUGUGUAUUGGAUCAUGGGUCGCAGCAGUGUCGACAUCAUCAAGAGUGCCGGCUAUAAGAUCAGUGCACUCGAGGUGGAGCGUCACCUACUGGCUCAUCCAGACAUCAUAGAUGUGGCUGUCAUCGGGGCGCCAGAUGCCAUUUGGGGUCAGAAAGUGACUGCAGUGGUGCAGCUAAGGAAGGGGCAGAGUAUGACCCUGCCAGAUUUGAAGACCUGGGCAAGGGAACACAUGGCGCCCUACACCAUCCCCACAGGCCUGUUGCUGGUGGAGGAGAUGCCGAGGAAUCAGAUGGGCAAGGUCAACAAGAAGGACCUCCUGCGACACUUCUUCCAAUGACUGGACCACUUCGAUAUGUAUAACAAUACACAGGU